AUGCAGAUUAAUGUGAUUGGCGAAUUCCUUAUCAUGAUUACGCCUCGGUCAAGAAUUUGGGGUACUGGUCAACCAAGUAGCUAUGUUUUUGUUCUCGUCUCCGUUUGCGGCAAACGUCUCACGAGGGGAAUGAGUGCUCCCGCUUCUGCUCCAGCCGUUUCGAAGAAACCCAAAUCGGCCAAGCCCAAGAUCCCAGCGAACCACCCGCCCGUGAUCGAUAUGUUUGAUGUCGAGAAACUCGGCCCGCACAUCCGUCGUGGCAUUGUUCAUGCCGUCGAGAAAGGUAUCCUCGUUCGCGUCGGUAACAAGGGCAAAGGUGCAUCCGGGAGCUUCAAGGUUGCCGAGAAGAAGACCGCCGUUCCUAAGCCUAAGCCUGUCAAGAAACCCAAAGUAGUCAAGGCCAAGAAGCCUGCAGCCCCGAAGAAGCCCAAGGCUGCCAAGAAACCGGCCAAGCCAAAGACCAAGACCCCGUCAAAGCCGAAGGCCGCCAAGAAACCAAAGAAGCCCGCCACACCCAAGAAGGCCAAGACGCCCAAGAAGCCGGCGGCUAAGAAAACCCCAAAGAAGAAGUGA